AUGAAAGAUAAACUGCAUCAAGCUGCACAAAUGAUCUUAGAAUGUUUAAGUACCGAGAGUGAAGAUUCUUUUGAAUUUUCAAAUACAAAAUUGUCAUUUCUCUGUGAACAGAUAUAUUUAUUUAGUUCGAAACAACCAAGAUACAGUUCUGAGACUUUAAUAUGGGCUUCCAUGUUAUUUUUUCAUUCUCCAACUUCAUAUAGGCUCAUUAAGAAUAGUAAUGUUUUGACAUUACCAUAUACAUCCUAUUUGAGGAGUUUUACUAGUUGCAUUACUAAUGAGAUUGAUCCAAAUACAGAACAUAUUACAUAUCUUAAAGAAAAAGUUCAAUGCCUUAACUCAAAAGAUAAAAUAGUUAUACUACAAUUAGAUGAAAUACAUGUAAAACCCAUGUCAUUAUUCAAAGAUGGUAGAAUUUAUGGAUUAGCAAUAAAUGAAAAAAUGUCAGAAGCUAAAUGUGUUUUGGCAUUUCUAGUGGCAUCAUUAUUUUCUAAAGAAAAAGAUAUUACUGCAUUACAUCCAGUUUGCAGUCUUAAAGCUGAGCAGUUGUUGGAACAAAACAAGUGUUGA